CUCCUCUCUCCGCCGGCAACCUUAUUGGUAUCAAGAAAAACUUGUCGAAAAAUACACAGGGCACAAUGUGCGGAGGCGCCAUCCUCGCGGAGCUGAUCCCGCCGACGCGGCGCGUGGCGUCGAAGCCGGUGACAGAAGGCCACCUCUGGUCGGCGAGCUCCAAGAAAGCCGGCAGCGGCAGGGACAAGAGGCACCAGCACGAAUACGCCGACGAUGACUUCGAGGCCGCCUUCGAGGACUUCGACGACGACUUUGACGUGCAUGAAGACGACGAGGACGGCCACUUCGUAUUCUCGUCCAAAUCCGCCUUGUCCCCAGCCCUGCACGACGGGCGCGCGGCGAGCCAGAAGAAGCAGCGCGGGCGCCAGUUCCGCGGCAUCCGGCAGCGGCCCUGGGGCAAGUGGGCGGCGGAGAUCCGCGACCCGCACAAGGGCACCCGCGUCUGGCUCGGCACCUUCAGCACCGCCGAGGACGCCGCCCGGGCCUACGACGUGGAGGCGCGCCGCCUCCGCGGCAGCAAGGCCAAGGUCAACUUCCCCGCAGCCAGCGGUCGCGCUCGCGGUCGCGCGCGCCCACGCCGCGGCGACGACGGCAACCCACGAACCGCGCCGGAAACGCAGCACCCAGCACAGCCCGCUCUGCUGCCUCGAGGAGAGAGAGAGACGCAGAGGAAGGAAGGGAUCGCCGCCGUGAAGCCAGAAGCUACGGAGUCGUUCGACGUGGGCGGCGGUCUCUUCUUCGACAUGGCCUUCCCCACCUUCCCAGCCUCGCCGCCGCCGCAGGCCGUGGAUACGUCCUUCGCCGGCAGCACCGCCACGUCGGAGACCGGGAGCCCCGCGAAGAGGCCGAGAUGCGACGAAGACUCGUCCGAGGGCGGCAGCGGCUCCGCGCUGGAGCUCGCUGACGAGCUGGCGUUCGACCCGUUUGUGCUGCUGCAGAUGCCCUACUCGGGUGGGUACGACGACGACUCACUGGACGGCCUUUUCGCCGCAGAUGAGGCCGUGCAGCAGGACGUGGGCAACGGCAUGGACGGCGUCCGCCUGUGGAGCUUCGACGAGUUCCCCGCCGUCGACGGUUCUGUUUUCUGACGUUUGCUUACUACGUACUACUACUAUUUUCUGCCUGGUGGAAUCAUAUGUGAUAGUGCUGCAUGUGUCUGCCUGAUCGUCAGAUUGUACUCCACUCUGGAUAUUUGUGCUACGUACUCGUCUGGUAUUUCCUACUGUGGGUCAAUGGUUCCUAUGAAUUUGUUCACGUCGGCGAAACUCUGUAUUGUACGGUCGUGAUUGAUGUGCCAAAUUAAAUAAGCCUGUGAACCUGGUUCUAUGUAU